AUGGUUAAGAUUCAAAGGUUAAUCUCCAACAUCAUCAUUGAAUUACGAUACCGGUACCGAUUCGUAACAGAUAAUAAUAUAAAAAGUAAAUUAAUUAAUUUGCAACAACGAUCAAUCACCGAUCAGACAACUACAACCACAACACCAACACCAACAACGACAACAACACCAACAACAACAAUGAUGUUAUCCGAUAAACAAUUAUCUUGUCCAUCACUUUUAUCUUCAUUGGAUAAUAAUCAAAACCAAAACCAAAAUAAUAAUCAAACAACGAAUUGUUGGAAAAGUGGAAAUCCACAAAGAGAAUUUCAAAAAAUGAGAGAUAAAUAUAUUAGUAGAUCAAUGGGUAACCUUGAUCAACAUCAACAAUCAACAACAACAAACAUUAAUAAUAAUAAUCAAUUACCAACUAAUCAACAACAAAUGUCAGAUCAUUUCAAAAGUUUAAGAAAUAGUUGGUCAUUUUAUAGUGCACCAGAGGAGGGACAAUCUACUCCCAAUCUCCAACACUGUCAUCAUUCCUUUUCAGCGCCAACCUCUCCACAAUCUGGCCGACCAUCACGUAAAGACGGGUAUUCAGAGUCGGACCUAAGAAGUGCCAUCCUCGAGCCACUGCCACACCACAAAGCCACAAAGAUCGAGGAACUGGUCAAAGGAAGGUUAAAAGAAAAAUUGGGAAGACUAUUAAACAACGAGGAAAUGGAAAAACAAGGCAAGGCAUUUGAAAAAGGUGCCACUACUUUUGAAUCAACCCUUCAAAGAGUUCAAAGAAGGGCAAGAGAACAUAUUAAUAUGUUAAAUAUUAAUAAUAUUAAUACAUCUACAACUACUACAACUACUACAACCACUUCAACAAUCAAUAAUAAUAAUAAUUCCGAAAAUAAUAAUCAACAACAUUUUUUAAUAUUAAUACAAAAAGAAGAGGUGGGAUCAUCAUUAUCAUCAUCAUCAUCAUCACCACUUCAAACGACACAAUCCCAACCACAACUUCAAUCAACCUAUUCUCAAAUUCAUCACCAUCAUUUUGUUGGUUAUAAUAACCUAUCAUGGAAUCCAAUUUCAAAUGCAUCAAAUGGUAAUAGUUGUUUUGACAGUACCUCUUCUUCUGCAUAG